GUUCACGCUGCAACAGACAGUGAGGAAGAGGGGAAGUUCACCAGUCCACAAACUUCUGCGCUUUUGGACAAAGAAUGGCUUCAAACAAUGGGCCCGCUGGAAAAUGGGAGCUGGUGAAGAAAGGGAAAAAGAGUAAUAAUUCUGGAGGGAGUAAAAACCCCAACGAUAAGAAAAACGGAGCUCGAAAAGCGCUGGGCGAGUCAAACCAGCAGCCAUCCAAACCUGUGAAGAUGUCCGAGACUUUGUUUGAAAACUUUGACAAAAUGGCAAAGAAACAGAACAAAGAGCAGGUUCCACCACCAGCUGAACCUCAAACCAAGAAACCAGCACCCACCAAACCGACCAAAAAGGCAAACUCCAGCAAUUCAGCCUCCCCGACCAAGCACAAGAGCCUGGAGGACGCAUUUAAAGCUCUGGAUGUGUCGGACCUGAAGCAGCAGUUGAGCCGCAGUCAGACGCUGUUCCCAGAAAACCCCUCUGUCUGGGUCAAAGAUUUGGCAGGUUACCUUAACCUCCACCUGACCGCCCCAGAGACGGAGCCCACCCUCAGCAGCUACGCUCAUGAUUACCCAUACUGCCUCACAAGUAAGGAGCUGAAGGGCGUGAUCAAAGGCCUGCUGGGGCGCUGCAGUGAUGCUCUGCCAGAUUUCUUUGACCACUGUGUUUACACUAUGCUCAGGGAAUUGGACCGACAGUCAGGAGAGCCGCUGUAUGGUUAUAGAGUUUGCAUUCAGGCAAUCCUUCAGGACAAGCCCAAAAUAGCAACUCAAAACCUAACCGAGUAUUUGGAGCUGCUGCGAUCUGUUCAGAAUCGUCCAGUGAAGUGUCUGACCAUCAUGUGGGCGCUGGGCCAGGCCGGGUUUUAUGACCUCAGCCAAGGACUCCGAGUUUGGUUGGGAAUCAUGCUUCCUGUGCUAGGCGUAAAGUUGCUGUCCUCAUACGCCAUUGCCUAUUUGGAAAGGCUUCUCUUACUUCAUGUAAACUUGACAAAGGGAUUUGGCAUCAUGGGUCCUAAAGAGUUCUUUCCUUUACUCGACUUUGCCUUCAUGCCCAAAAAUGCCCUAUCAUCCAGUUUGCAGGAGCAGUUGAGGCGGCUGUACCCUCGUCUAAAGGUUCUAGCGUUCGGAGCCAAGCCUGAGACCACUCUGCACACGUAUCUGCCUUCGUUUCUGUCCCGGGCCACACCGCAUUGUCCAGACGACAUGAAGCGAGAGCUUCUCAGCAGUAUGACUGAGUGUUUAUGUGUGGAUGUACAGAGUCUGGGAGUUUGGAGGCAGCUUUAUACAAAACAUUUACCACAGUCCAGCCUGUUGUUAAACCAUUUACUUAAGUCCUGGAACACUCUGCCACCAAAGCUGAGAAAAAACCUGGGAGAGACGAUCCAGUCUUUUAGAGUGACCAAUGAAGAGAUGAAAGGCGGCAUAGAGUCUGAGGAGCUUCAGGAAUGCAAUCAUCUUUGUCAGAAUCUGCAGGUGAAGAUGAAAGGCCGAGGGUUUCCAUGGUCCAAACUCUUCAUGGUGCUGUUUGUGUUUGUGGCUGGUUUCAUCACACACGAUGUCAGAUCACACGGUUCUUUUACAGAUUCCACCACAGCCUUGUAUCUUCGUAACUCAGGCGUGACUGCAGUAUCUCAACAGGCCUGGGGCAAAAUCACAGUUUACUCUAAAGAGGGCUUCAGCUGGUUGGAGAAAAACACUCCAUAUUAUUACUCUGAGUGUGUGCGAGUGCUGGGCCCACUGACGGAGCAGGGCUUGGAAAAGGCCAAAACUGCAGCGGUCUAUGUCUCCGAAAAUACAACAAAGCUCAUCCUCUGGGUGAAAGAAACAACGCCGCUAGUCAUUCAAUGGGUGAAUACAAACACUCCAGACAGUGUAUUCAGAGCACUGGAGUAUUUAAAGGAGCUGCUCCUUUUCAUCCAUCACAACUACAUCCUCCCAGCACUGUCCUAUAUGUCUGAGGUGCUACAGCAAGCAUGGGCCAGCCUACAGGAAUCCUGCAAUGGUGAAGUGUCAGUAUCGUGUCUGCAGGGCCAUGCUGUGGCCUUUUCAAACUCCACGUGGCAACUGCUGCAGCACACGACAUCUGCCAUCAAGACCUGGGCCCAAGACCUGCUCACAAGAGCCUAACACACGCUCUCUGACCCUACUUUGACCCCACCUGACCCUGAGGGACAUGGUCCCUCUGCACCGUUAGCGGAGACUGGACUCAAUAAGUGAAAACCCACUUGAAAAGGACCCUCAUUUUCUUCUUUAAUUUUUUUUUCUACCAAUCUUUUUGUCACUGCUGGAAGCAGAGGUUGUCCCUCUAAGUUUUCUACUACUUUUUCUCAACAUGUUCGUUUUUAACCUCUGCGUUGAGACUAAUUUAUAGAAAAUAUAAGUUUGUAGAUUGUUUAUAGACAAUUUUAUUUAAAAAUUUCUAAAGCGUUUUCUUAAGACUAAGUGAAAGGGCAGGGCAAUGACCAAAUAAGGAAUUCCAGACUUUUCCGAGCCACUGAAGGCACCAGCUGCAAACCAUGGGGCCACUUUUCUGUUAUCACUAUUGACCAUAAAGUACUUCAGGUAUCAGUAUUUGUGUUUUUAACUUUGAAUGACAUUUGUCAAUAUGGUCAGAUCUGCUGGUGCAUAUAUUUAUUCAGAAGAUGAAUUUAAUCUGGAUUCUUAUAAUGAAGAAGGAACCUACCAGCUGUCUGUUCUUGUUCUCAUCUUUGUCUUACAAAGUACUUUCUCUUCCUGCUGCGUCUCUGGUCCAGUGCUCAUACUUGAAGGUUAAUGAGUUUUAUCUGUGUUUUCCGUGAAACAUUCACUUUGUACCAAUGUGGCGCAUCUGUCGGCCUCAGACAAAACCAAACCAUUCUGAUCAGCUAACCUUCUAUGUGAAAAAGUUUGAACAAUUAUGACAAUGUCUUACUUUGUGUUAUUAAUUUGUAAUAAAGCUCUAAACUAAGUCUCA